AUGGACGGGGCCAGACCAGCCCGGCCGGACCGGCCUUAUCAGCGCACUUACAAGGCAUGCAUUCCAUGUCGGCAACGCAAGGCCAAAUGUGAUCUGGGAACCGAUCUCGAUGGAUUACCAAUCGGCCCACCUUGCGCAAGAUGUCGCAGGGAGAUGAGGGAGUGCGUUUUUCCCGAGAAACGCGCCUGGGAGCGGUCCCGCAAGCGCGCGCGCUCUGACGAUGAUGAAGGUGACUUUUCCACGCAAGCCGAGCAGUUGGCUUCGGAUGGAUCGCCGGAUAGUCGGAAGGGGCAGCAUGUCCAGAGUCAUCAUCCCACGCAAUACCAGGAAACCAGCCCUUUUCAACAAAGCUGGGGAUUUACGGGGCAUCAAACCUCUCCACAAAAUGAUCACAGUUCCCAGAUUGGCAUUAGUCCGGUGCCUGUUACAGAUAGGAAUAUGCAAACGAAUCCUUCCCCGAGUCGUGCAUAUCAAGACAACAGGCACCGCUCGAACUCUAAUCUGGCAAGCUCCAUGAUGCGAACUGUGGUGGCGAGUGGAAAUGAUGCACUUAAUAUUCUCUUUGAGGCCGCAACUGCCCAGGAUGACACAUCUCCAACGGAUGAAAGUCCUCUGACGGAAGCUGGACCCCGGUCCGGAGGUUCGAGUGCUAAAGAGCGCGUUACCCCCAGAAACUUUGAAAGCCCGGCAACUUUUGAAUCUGUUCCGAGGGCUAUUCGUCCAGUUGACAUGUCCAACCCUUUACAAGCCACUUUGAAUGUCUGGGACGCAUGUCGGUUUGUCAAAAUGGGAUGGUUCACGGCCAGAGAGGCUGUCACAUUCGUUGACUUGUUCUUCAAGAAUAUGUCAUGUCUGUCCCCUAUCUUGACAGACUUUUACGCCAACCAUCAGAAUCAUUACUGGCUUAUCAGUCGCGAGCCAGUGCUAUGCAGUACCAUCCUCAUGAUUUCCUCUCGCUAUCACGUCCUUCCUGGUGCCGGCGGCGAGUCGAGGAAUUUCUUCAUCCAUCACCGACUCUGGCAGCAUUGCCAGCAAUUGACAAUGCGACUUAUUUUCGGACAAGAAAAGUCCACCAAGUCGAAAGUCCGAAGCCUUGGAACAGUUGAGGCACUCUUACUCAUGGCUGAGUGGCACCCUCGCUCGUUGCAUUUCCCGCCCGAAACAGACGGUUGGGAUGACGAUCUGAUCUCGACCGGUCCAAAACCUUCAGAUCAUGGUGAUUCCAAUAGUGAGUCAGCAAAUCGCUGGCUGGAGGAUAUGAUUGAGCCAUCAAGGAGAUCGGACCAGAUGUCGUGGAUGCUACUAGGGUGUGCCCUCUCUCUUGCGCAUGAGCUGGGCAUCUUCGAAACAGAAGAUGAGGAUUCGCCGGGCGAAGAGCAGCAAUGGAAAGAGCAAAUGACCCUUCGCAGACAACGAGUACAGCGUUUGCUAUAUGUUUACAUCAAUCAACUUGCAUGGCGCAUCGGUUGCAUGUCACCAAUUCCUCAAUCGCUGAACCAUGCUGUACUUGGCGGGCGGAAGCCUCGAGGACUAAGCCAGCCAGGGAGUACCUGGCUAAUAUUUAUGGACUCGUGGAUUGAACUGACCAAACUGGCCCAAUCAGUCACUGAUAUGUUCUUCCCCUCUGCCAAGUUUGCUCGCCAACAACUGCAUAGUGGCCGUUACAUUGGACUGCUUGACCAUUUCCGGCCACUGCUCAAUCAAUGGAAGGACAGGUAUUUGCAGCCGCACGUUCUUGAUCCCCUCUUCUAUAAUGAUCUCUUUAUAGAGUAUCAUUUCGUUCGUGUGUACACCCACUCUGUGGGAAUGCAAGCUGUGGUUGAGCGAGCGAUCGCAGAUUCUGAUCCCAACAACUUGGAUGAGAUGCGGCCAACGACGAUCGACACCACCGACUACGAAUACAUACAAGAAGUAAUUGAUGGCUGUUGUCAGAUUCUGCGGAAGGUCACUCAUCUUGCAGAAGGGGGCGCCCUGCGAUUCUCCCCGGUCCGUAUAGUCCUUCGCAUCACCAGUGCUUCGAUCUUCUUGAUGAAAGCGCUAAGUUUGGGUACGCGACAAUCGACUCUCCGCGAAUCCCUUGAAGUGCUAGAAAAAAGCAUUGCUGCACUUAAGUCCAACGCAUUGGAUGAUGUCCAUCUCAGUACUCGUUACGCUACACUCCUGGACAUGCACGUCUCGCGUCUGCGACGCAAUCUGCUGGCGUCUUGCAAGAAUGUCAAAAACAGUCGAGGAACCACACGACGGUCAUCCAUGGGUCCGCCAGCUUGGCCAGAGAACGGUGACCGUUCAAAUCAUAUCAACACACCUGUGUCUCAGGAUUUAACAUCCGAACUGAGCUUUAUCCCAACCUUCAACGAGAUGGGCGACGACUGGCUGUCUCUACCCUUUGAUCCUUCUAUGGCACCAUUCGGUAUGAACAACGGAGGUCAGUUCCCGAUGUAUGAGGGAGGGGCACUGGAUUUUAUCUGGAAUUUGCCGUCAUAA